AUGGUCGGCCCGUGCCGAUCUCUGAUUUAUACACAACAACAACAACGACAACAAUCACAAACAUCGUUUCAUAUUAGAAAAAAAUUCGAUAAAAUAUGGAAAAAACAUAGUUUUAAUAAAGAUAAUGAUGAUGAAGUAAAAUCACUUGAAAAUAAAGUUUGUGAUUUAAUUGAUCAAAUCGUUAGUGGUAUUUUAAACGAAACACAACAGAAAGUACAAUCAUGUAUAUCAGAAAUUAUUAAACUAGAUUUACAACAUUUACUUGAUAAAUUAGGUAAAAGUUUCAGAGUAUGCAAGCUACAAUUAAAGAACACCAAGCUGAAAUGAGGAGACGAGAACUGGUGCAUUCAACGUGGUAUGGCCGUAAGCACCGAGCUGGAACGAAUUCAUUAAAAUCAACAGUACAAGGUUUAGAAGCAGCAAAGUUAGAACAAGGGACAAUAAUCAAAUCGUAUGAAAUAUCUUAUUUAUAUAGUCAUUAUAAACUUGAACCAAUAAUAAGAGAAAAUUUUCAUACAGACUGGUAUAAGGUACUUAAUGAAAUAAAAAAAUUUCCUUAUGAUAUUAGAACGGGUAAGUAAGACGCAGAUGCUUUUAAAUGUGUGGAGAAUUCUUCAACACUUAUCAUUUUCUCAAAUUUACAAAUAAAUUGAUGAUUUGUUCGAAAAACUGCCAAGAAUUCGUGUACCCAUUUUGAGAAAGCCAAUAGACUUCUCAUUUAGAACAUUUAUCUGCUCUUGUUCAGAAUUGCUCCAAAACUAAACAAAACACAAAAAUCACAAAAACAAAAUACAUAUGGAAGGACAACAUCCAGUCAUGGGACACCUUCAAUCAUUGUAUACCUCUGCCUGUAAUAGAAGACCAACCCUUAAUAGCGGAUCAUCCCCUAUUAGAAGGCCAGCUUAAGGUUUGCGAGUUGCAAGCCGGUAUAGAAGACCAUAGUCCUUUAUUUCUGCUGUAUUUUUGAAAGGAACUAAAGGUAUAUUUCAAGUCGAGAGAAAGAACUUUUUUCGCGCUGAAAAGACGUCCUGUUUCGAUUGUAUAUUUAGUCGCAAACUUUAUUGAAAACAUGCAUGUUUUUCGUUCUAUCAUGCACAUGUAUUUGAAACGAGUAUAACGAAUGUGAGCGAUUAUUUGUUAAAUAAGUUCAAGCUCGAAAGUACAAUACUCGAACUCGAACUGUUCGAAGCCGAACCUCGAACCUGCUUUCGAGUUCGACACAUUCCUAACCAUCUUGCGCCUCGGUCUUGGCUAUUAAAUGGCGAAAACUAAAUGUCUGUAUUUCCUUUCUUUUAACAUUGUGUAUCUUUUAUUCUAAAAUAAAUAGUAGAGAUUGGUGAGCUCGAUCAUAAGAAAAUUAACGGUGCUGCAUGUAAAGACAAAACAAAAAUGUUGUUUCAAGAUUCUGAAUUGAUAUUCUUAUUUCCAGCUAUCUCACUGCCAUUUAUUCUACUUCGUAGACAUAGAACAAAAAAAAGCUAACAAAUAAGGUGAUGAUAUUCCUACCAUUACUGUAUUAACCAAUUGUUUUAGAGAGAGAUGAUAUAAGCAAACAAUAUGGUUGCCAUUUAUACAAGAAAUGCAUCUAUAAUAAAUGUCUGAACGUUGUACAGCUGGCAUUUGAGGAAAACAAUUUAAAUAGCUCAAAAAAACACUAUUUUUUUUUACACUGAACGUAAGUUGAGAAAAGACAACUUCAACUCUUUCUGAUGCAAAAUUAAAAUAAUGAUGUGUUUUCAUUCAUAAAAAAAUAUGAUUUUUCACAUUUUUCUACAUUUUCAAAUACUCACAGCUAAAACACAUAAUUUAUUCAAUAUUUGUACUUUUUAAUUUUAUUCUCCACGUGCGUACUUUUCUUGGGGGGUGAGGCAGAGGAGAUUAACAGGUCAAAAAGCUAAAAUACGAGAUGAAACUAAAUUUAACCAAAUGUUGAAUUACAAGAAAAUAUCUGAUAAACAAAAUUAUUUUGAACAAUUUGAUUUAUAAUGAAGCAAGGGAAUGAGUUUAAAGAAGCUGACAAUU